UGGCGGCCGCCGUACGGGGCGCGCUUGCCUCCGCCGGGCCGCGGGCUUUUGGAGCGCCAUGAGCCUGUGGGCGGACAAGCACCGGCCCGGAGCCCUCGCCCGCCUCGACUUCCACCGCGAGCAGGCAGCGCGGCUCCGCAACCUGGUUCAAUGUGGUGACUUUCCUCAUCUGUUGGUGUAUGGACCAUCAGGAGCUGGAAAAAAGACAAGAAUAAUGUGUUUGUUAAGGGAAUUAUAUGGUGCAGGAGUGGAAAAACUGAGGAUUGAGCAUCAGAGUAUAACGACACCUUCUAAGAAGAAGAUUGAAAUUAGCACCAUUGCGAGUAAUUAUCACCUUGAAGUUAACCCAAGUGACGCAGGAAACAAUGACCGUGUGGUAAUUCAGGAGCUCUUGAAGACAGUGGCACAGUCCCAACAGCUUGAGACAAGUACUCAACGGGAUUUUAAAGUGGUGCUGUUAACAGAAGUUGACAAACUCACUAAAGAUGCUCAGCAUGCUUUGCGAAGAACAAUGGAGAAGUACAUGGCGACCUGCCGGUUGAUCCUGUGCUGCAACUCAAUGUCAAAAAUUAUAGGGCCCAUUCAAAGCAGAUGCCUGGCUGUACGAGUGCCUGCUCCCAGCAUUGAAGAUAUCUGCCAUGUCUUGUCCAGUGUGUGUAAGAAAGAAGGCCUGACUCUUCCUCAGGAACUGGCUCAAAGGAUUGCAGAGAAAUCUGGCAGGAACCUUCGGAAAGCACUGCUUAUGUGUGAGUCCUGCAGAGUACAACAGUAUCCUUUUACUGCUGAUCAAGACAUUCCUGAGAUGGACUGGGAAGUUUAUUUGAGAGAAACUGCAAAUGCUAUUGUUGGUCAACAGACACCACAAAGGCUUUUAGAAGUCCGUGGACGGCUUUAUGAACUCCUGACACACUGCAUCCCUCCUGAGAUUAUAAUGAAGGGUCUCCUGACAGAACUUCUAAAUAAUUGUGAUGGACAACUGAAAGGAGAAGUUGCACAGAUGGCAGCCUUCUAUGAACACCGCUUGCAACUGGGCAGCAAAGCCAUUUAUCAUCUGGAAGCAUUUGUUGCAAAGUUUAUGGCAAUUUACAAGAAGUUCAUGGAGGAUGGGCUAGAUGACAUGAUGUUCUAACUGAUGCCCAAAGUCAUACACAGAAUGUUGCAUAUACAUAUUCAAAACUGUGAUUACCGAUAAGUCUCAGCUUUUAUUGGUAAUUAACUGAUAAUUACUUGUGUCUGUAUUAGAACACCAGCAGAUACUCACUAAUCAAUGCGCAGAUUAGCUGAGAAUGAGCUUUUAAAGGAGACCUGGCACAGUAGAAUAACUUCUAAAAGGCAAGGCAGCAUGAGCUAAGGUUUAGCAGUAGCAAAAUUCCAAUGAUAUUGCAAAUGUCUACUUGUCAGUGCUUGAUUACAUGUGGGUCUAAGUAAAAUAUUUUUAUUUUACUAUUUAAUGAAACAAUGUUUGUUCAGCUUUAGAAACCAGAUGGAUUGUUUGACAGCCACAAAUCCAUCUUUAGAUCCAUACAAAAUGCAUUGGCCUUUCAGAAAGACAACACGUUGCCUUGGAAGAUGUGUAGGAUCAGAGCUGCUUUGCAGUAUUUGUAAGCUGACAUUAAGAAGAGAGAACACAGAUGCUCUGUGCUUGGUUUUUGUUUGUUAAUCACAGAUGGACAAGAUUGUAAGAAAAAGAUUUUUUUUUCCUGCGUUAUGCUAAGUUCCAGCUUGAACAUGUAUGUUCUGCCUGCUGAUCUAUACAUUUUCAUGUUUGCCUGGCUUCUUUUUUUAGCCUCACUGUUUUCUCUGGUGUGCUCACACCAAAUGUUUUCUGUUUUUUUUUUUUUUUUACUUUGUAAGCAGUUGCAUUGAAAUUGUGGAUGAGCAGUACUUUUGUGCUGAUUAUAAAUCACAUGGAACACCUUGUUUAGAAGGAUUAUACCUUUACAAAGCAAGUCCACUUGCUGUCUGACACUCUUGGGUUUACCUCAACCUACAUACCUGCUCUUCAGGUAAAGUUUAUUCCUUUGACUAUUUUUUAACAAGGGGCAAAGUUUCAGCUUUUAACAAGUAUUUUUUUGCCUCUUAAGCUGAUAUGGGACAUUUUUAAAAUGGCAAAAUAAAUUGCAGAAAAUAUGAACAAAAGUGCUGAAUUGGUGUUUUACACUGUCUGUGACUACCUAGGUGCAUUCAUUUGCUUUGAUGUAGACAUCUUUCAGAAAGGUGGGAUAUCCCACACACUGUAACACUGAAGGGCACCACUAAAGUUUAAAAAAAUCCAAACAAACACAAGCAACAAGACAAAGUGAAAAAAAACCUCCCAGAAUAAUAAUAACAAUAAUAAUAGAAAACCAAUGCUACCUGUGCUGCAGGACUUUCACAUGUCAUGUCUAUGUACCGUGGUACUCUAAAAAUUACUCAAUUCAUGCCCCUUAUUACUUCACCAUGCUAAUUUAGGCUAUUACUAGAUAGUAUUUAAAGCUGAAGUUGAUUAAAUACUGCUGCUGUUCUCAAGGAUAUGAGGGUUCCAUGUGGGGUGUUAAUGCACAGCUUUCAUUCAGAUUCAUUCUCAGUAAGAUGGUGCUGUUCUGCUUCAUGCUCAACUGGGCUCCUGAAGAAGUAGAAUGAUGCGAGUUUUUUUCCUUCCAUAUGCUUGUCACCCAAAUCCACAGCACUGGUAACUUGUCAUGUUGUGUCUUCACUGUCAAAAGAUCCUCGAGAAACAUUAAAUUAGUCAGUGAUAGUGGAAAGGAAUACUUAAAUUCGUUGCAAAGUAGGCCGCAACUGUAGAGGGGACAUAAUUACUGCACAUAAAAACUGCCCUGCUCUGUCCUGAGCCUCGUCUUUCCUACUGAUUUUUAAAAGCUGAACAGUCUUUAUGGUUUCCCUACUACUAAAGUAUGGUGUGUGGUAAAGUAAAAGCGUGAGUUCAAAGGAUGAUGAAACACUUCUCCCCCAAAAAGAAACCAACCCCAAAAGCUAAUGUGGGAGAAGAGGAAUGUAUGUAGGGUUUGUGAAAUGUGCAGGGGCAGUGUUGCUGUGCAGGGUGGAGAGGCAGGAGCUGUAUUGGAGGUUUCUUGUGGCAGAGGAACAACUUGUUCUUUCAAAAGGCCUCAGCAGCUUUGUCUAGGGGUCUGAAACCCCAAUAUUAGUCUCUCUGUAGGUGUUCUUGCUACUUCUUGAAGUUGCAUUUUUAUCCUUUUCUACCUGGGAUGAAUCAAGAGUAGCCAAGGCUGGAAAAAACAGUAUAAUGACAGGAUUUCUGUGAGAGAAGAUGGCUAUCACUCUUCCUGAGAGCCAGCAUUUCCCCCUCCUGACCCUACUUCUAUCUCUUGUCUCCCACAGUCUAGAACACAAAUUUAAACAAAUGGGCACAGUAUCUUAUAAAUCUCUGCACAUGUCUUUCCUUGCUAGUAAUUUUUGAGGAAAUUUUGACUUUGUAUCCAUAACAGGCUUCAGGGGAAGUGGUCAUGCCACCAAGCCUGUCAGAGUUCAAGGAGUGUCUGGAUGUUGCUCUGUGUCAAGUGGUUUAGUUUGUCCUGUGAGGAGCACAGAGUUGGAUGUGAUGAUCCUUAGGCGUGACUUCCACCUUGAGAGAUUCUGUGAUAACGAUCAGGAAGUGUUGCGCUUUCUGGGAGUGUUUUAGAGGCUCACUGCCUUAGAUGCUGCUUCCCCUCCCUUAGGGAUAGUUGCAGCUCUUGCUUAGAGGCAGUGUGAUGCAGAACUGAGGUCCUGGGCUCUGCUGGAGGAAGCAGGGACCCUUGAGCUCAUGCUGUCAGAAAUAAAAAGGAGUUUUCUGCCAUUGUUUUCCCCUCGUGGGGCUCCCAUGCAAAUCCUUUUACCAAAAAUACAGAACAUUAGACUGACAAGCAAGUAUCUCCUGGCACAGCUGCCUCUCCAGCCUGGAAUAGAAUCCCAGAACCUUUUUGGUUGGAAAACACCUCUAAGAUUGAGUCCAACUGAGCCUGCACACACAUGGCAACAGUGCUGUACUGGACCUACACUGAGCACGGCACACCUGCCUCACAGAUCAAACAGAAGAGGCAGUGCAGAUAGACUCCUGACCGCUGCCUGGAACAGGACCAACCUCUAGAUAAUCCAUUUCUUCAGCUGAUUUCAUCUUUUGAGACCUGCUUAGAAUUGCUGCUGAAUUGCGUGCUGAGAGGAUUGCCCUCGCUUUCAUCCAGCGACACCUCCUGCUAGCUGGAAUUGAAAACUCCAAGCUGCUCCCUCCUACGUGGGACUUAAGCUCUGAAUGUGUCUGAGGGGUUGCAGAGGAGGCAGCUUCAUGCUAGCACAGAAAGCCAGAGGUGAAACUGGUUUAAAAAACUGAUCAAGAAAUUAAGGCAGCAACUACUUCUGUUGAAACUUUCUCUGCUCUGCAGAGAUCAGCAGUGCAAUGGGUGAAUGGUGCAUUCAUACUUGAUUUCCUGUCUCUGAAGUCCAAGUGUUAACUCCUGUGAGGAAUAUUAUUAAAACAAUUUGAUGUCUAUUGUUGAAUGUACCCUGAAGGCUAAUCAGUAGUACGUUGUGCAAGGUGCAUGUCAGGAACUAGUUGGAUUUCACAGAAUGGCUAAGAUUAAAAUAGUUUGCCAUUAACUUCAACACAUUGUGAAGUUGGCUCAGUCAAUUUUCUCUGUCAUCAAAAUUGAAAUUAUUUUCUGUCCAAAUUAACCAGGACCCCUGGUACCUAUUCCAGGUUUUUGAUUUUGGUUUUUUUUUUUUUCCAUUUUAAAGCAGUGGAUGCUUUGCUUGUCUGAAAAUUGACCCCAGUAACAGUUAAACAUUCCUAUAACAAGUUGUCUGUCUUCUACAGUUGUGUACAGUGUGUGUGCUGAACUUCUGGAAGAAUUUGUAUGCUCUGUUUCAGCAAUCCUGGGGUUAGCAAAUAUUGUCCCAAUCAUUUGAGCCUUAAGUAGUGUUUCAGUGGAGCCGGGUUUGGCACCUCUUAAAUAGGAUCGAGGCACCAGCUAAUACAAGCAUGUAGUGUCACCACUGACACACUGGUCACACAUCUGUGUGUCUCCUAGCAGCCACCACCUCUGUCCUGGCCCCUUCUUGGAGCUAUCUCCAGUUCUGUCCCAAGACAGGGAGUAGGUGUUGGUCUUUCUUGUGUGUUUUAACCUCUUUGCAAGCCACUGUAUACAGUUAUAAAGAAUAAAUUUUCUGAAGACUGAGCUGGAGACCAACUGAGCUGCUCUCUCUCUGUUGACCUGGUGUGUCCCCAUAUAAUUUUUCUUGGUUUUCCCUGGGACAAUAUACUGUGCUGUAUGAAAUGUGAUGCUUUUAGUUGGCAGUCUGUGACAGCUAGUGAAUGGCACAGUUUCACUAUAGCUAAAUGUUGCCAAUGUGGGCUUUCACUGCAAGCAAGCUGGUGUUCUUUUUUUAAACUUGUGAUAGUAUGUUCAUGUCAAACGAUUUGUAGUGCCAAAGUAUAAAGGCAACACUUAGCUCAUUCCUAGUCACAAUGAGAUAGGAAAAGCAUGCUAGUAAAGCAUGUGUUUUGAGAAAUCCA